CCUUUUCUCAGUUCAUCCCCAGUGCUUGAUCGGUUAACAUCUUUUUCCCUCAGCGCAGAGGCAAAGGUGCUGUCCGGUCUACAUCAGCGUGUUUCAUUCUAGUGUCGCGCUUAUACUGUGCUCUGUGCUAGCCGAAAAUUGCCCCCAGCAGAAAUAGGACCCAUUUCAAGCGAAGAAGGUCUGACCUAGCAACCGCUCGAAAAUCAUGGGCUUCCUACGAAAUACAUUCGUAUUAAUUACGAUUUGCGUAAUGUCGGCACAAGUAUUCGCACAGCAAAAAGUGGAUGUCACAAACCAGGAAAUCCGAGAUGCCAUUCUAUCGCUGGUGCACUCCUACAAUCUUUUGGACAACAAAUUGGAACGACACGAGCAACGGGAGCGGUCAUUGGGCGAACAAGUUAAAAAGGGUCUGAUUACGCUGCAGAAGAACCAACGGAUAUUCGAUCCACUCAAGGGUACUAUCACAAGACUGGAGGAAAGAGUCAGUAGUAUCGAGACGGCACUCCUUAGCCAAGAUGAAAAGAACACGAUGCAGCAGAUGAAGUUGAGCGAAACUCUGGAGGGCGUGCUCCGCUGGUUGAGCGACAAUGCACACGCGCUCGAGACAAGGGCCCAUGUGGAAUCGCGACCGGAUGAGGAAACGGAGGGCAUCGGAGGAAAGAUUGAGGAGCUUACCGAAAGUAUUAGAGAAUUGCGACGGGAGAUGGCCGAGCUUAAGUCAGAUAGAGAUUCUAUUGAGCAAUCCAAUCGCAACCUGUUGGAGCAGGCAGAAAAAUUGGCCAACUCCAAACUGGGUUCGACGGACGACAUCCUUGGUAAGAUCGAGGAACGCCUUUCUUCAUACUACAACAAUCCCGUAGUAAUCUCCCAUUCGAACGAUGCCUUCGAGGAGAAGGUCAUCAAGAAGUUGGAAGCGAUCGAUGCCAACGUGAAGGAAAGUCAUUCAUCGCUGUCAGCUCCGGUUAGUGCACCUGCUGCAUCCAUUGAUAAGGAGUUCGUUCACGGGUUGAUCAAUGAAACGCUAGAGGCCAUCGAAGAUAUGCGCCUGGAAGUGCUGACAGCUUCCGAUAAGAGCUUCUCAAAGACGGCGACUCGUAUCAAGGAGAACAACGAGGUACUGCAGUCCUCGGUGAAUGAAAUCCUGAAGACCCUGUCGGAAGAAAUCGUCGACACGGAAGCAUUCUUCUCCGGUACAAAGAAGGACAUUGGAACGUUGAAGGACGAAAUCGCUGCCUUAAGCCGACUAGAGAAACUUCUACUGCAAACGGGUGAAAAUACGUUGGAUGCUAAGCGAGGCAUAGAAUACGGAAUCCACCAGAUUUUGCGAGAGGUAACGGAAGUUGUGAAGACUAAUUCAAAGGAACUGAACUCCACUGUCACCAAGCGUUUCGAUGAAAUCGGUGCCACCAUUUUGGACAAUCACAACGGAGCCCUGAGUAACCUUAGUUCGAAGAUCGAAACCGAAAUUAGCCAGGUUUGGAGACAGAUUGGUAUCAUGUAUCAAGAAAUCUCGUCUAGCAAACAAGCUUUGGAUCGGCUGCAGCAGCAAACCGAAGCAUACGUGAACGGUACUCUGGAGACAAUGGAUAGCAUGGAAGGAAAGGUCUCGCAAAUAACCGGUCGUAUGUCCGAGGUGGACUCGAACCUAAACUACCUGUUGGGACGUCUUUCCCUGGUAACUCAAGAGUUCAACUUCAUUAAGAAAGGUCUCAGCAAAGCACUGGAUGAAAUAAAGAGCAGCUUCGUGGAGAUACAAGACCGCGUGAAAGGGCCCGGACCGCACAAGAUUUCCUCGGAAGAGGUGGAUGACUUCAACCAAGCUCCUCCGGCGAAGUGAACUUACUUAGACUAGGGAAUACAUAUUAGAGUAGAACGAAGAUUUCUGUGCUUUUGUAGCUGAUAGAAACGAAUGCAUUGUUCAUAUGAUUGUAAGCAGAUACAGUGUGCUUGGAAAUCAAAAGAUUGAACUAACUGCAAAUCGAUUGAUUUUAUCGCAAUAGAAUUGAAUUGGAUUUUCUGUGUAUUGAAAAUGAUCAAUAAAGUAUUUUGAUUUCAUUUAUUUCCUAA